UCGUUGUCAUUUACCUAAUUUCAAUAUUUUCAUGGUUGUCCUUAUAAAUAGAAAUUAAUUGUAGGGUACCCUUAACUUUAUUAUUUAACAAGACCCGUGGUUCAUGACAUGUGAAAAACAAUGCGAUUGUACUCCUUUUAUCUGACUUUCUGUCUCUAUAAUAUAACACGAAGCGAGUCUUUAAAACUUGGCACAACACAAAAGACAAACUACACUCUUCAUUCUUAACUUUUGAAGAAAGACAAUGACGAUAAGUUCAAAACCCCAAUGUCUUCCUCUUUCUCUCCCGGUCAUUGACUUCUCGGUUCCAAACCUUAAAGCGGAAACUCCCCAGUGGGACUCGGUUAGAGCCCAAGUCCGAAAAGCCCUAGAAGAUUUCGGAUGUUUCGAGGCCUUGUUCGAUGGAGCUUCAGUGGAGCUACGUAAGGCUGUGUUCGAGGCCUCGCAGGAAGUUUUUGAUUUACCAUUGGAGACCAAACUGAGUGCAAAGUCAGAGAACAAUCGUAACAGUGGAUACUCUGGUCAGGUUUCGGGUAUGCCUUUAUUCGAAGGCAUGGGCUUUGACGAUGUAGAUAAGCCUGAGGUUGUCAACAAGUUGACUCACAAGGUUUGGCCUCAAGGGAACAUCACCUUCAGCAAUACUGUUCAGUCGUUUGCGGAGAAGUUAAUAGAGCUAAACGUGAAGGUGAGGACAAUGCUCAUGGAAAGUUUCGGGCUUGAGAAAUACGUAGAGGAACAUCUUACCUCAGCGAAGAACCGCUUUCAUUUAUUCAAAUACAAAGGACUUGACGAUAAUACAGAAGAGGAUGUAGGUAUUGACACUCACAUCGAUAGACAUUUCCUCACAAUACUUUGCCAGAAUGACGUAGUAGAUGGCUUGGAGAUCAGAGCCAAAGACGGUGAAGAGUGGUUCAAAGCUAAGCCAUCUCAAGACUCUUCUUACCUUGUUAUGGUACUGUUGAACGGUAGGGUACAUCCUCCGCUUCACCAUGUGGUUAUAACCGGGAAAAAAGAUCGAUAUGUGGCUGGACUGUUCUUGCGUCCUAAAGAAGGACUUAUUAUUAAAGCGCCUGAGGAGAUUGUUGAUGAUGAACAUCCUCGUCUUUAUAAGCCUUUUAAUUUUGAGGAUUACUUUAAGUUUACCUACAUAGACACCAAGAAGAGAGAUCUGCCUGCUCUCAAGGCUUAUUGUGCCCUUUGAAAAUUCGUGAUGCCUUUGCAAAUAAAUAAAACUUUGCCUCAUUUGAUCAUUGUGCACUUGUUGGUUUGCUCUUGAGUUGGUCUGUUGUUACCUUUAGGUUGCCAUGUUGACUCUUGAGCUUGUAAUAAAACAUAACUUUCAGAAGCUCCAUUAGUAUUAUUAUUUCCAUCGAUUA